AGCAAGCGGCUUAUGGAUAAUAGGGGCCAAGAGAUGCAUCAGCGGCAUUAUCCACAGAUGUGUGAUUUGCAGAAAGCUACGAGGGAGAACUGAACACCAAAUCAUGGCUGAUUUACCUGCUGAACGGUUGCAGACUGACCCUCCAUUUUCUUAUGUUGGCCUUGAUAUAUUUGGACCAUGGGAGGUCAUUGCACGCCGUACUAGAGGAGGACAAGCCAACAGUAAGAGAUGGGCGGUUCUUUUUACAUGCAUGGCAACCAGAGCGGUUCAUAUUGAAGUAAUUGAAGCUAUGAGCUCCUCUAGCUUCAUCAACGCACUUAGAAGGUUCUUUGCUAUUAGAGGGCCUGCCAAACAACUGAGGUCAGACUGUGGGACCAAUUUCGUUGGUGCAUCCAAGGAACUGAAGUUGGGUCCUUUGAAACCUGGGGAGAUGAGUGUAGACAACUACUUACUCAGCCAGAGAUGUUCCUGGGUGUUCAAUCCCCCCUACUCGUCUCACAUGGGUGGCACAUGGGAGCGGAUGAUAGGUAUUGCACGACGCAUUCUAGAUUCCAUGCUACUACAAGCAAAGGUCACUAAACUGACUCAUGAGGUUCUGACAACAUUAAUGGCUGAAGUGACAGCUAUCAUCAAUGCAAGACCGUUAGUGCCCGUCUCUUCCGACCCUAUAGCUCCACUGAUUCUCACCCCCUCAACUCUCCUCACCCAGAAGGUUGGUGCAGUCUCACCUCUCCCUGGAGGCUUCACUAAGGCCGACAUGUUUACUUAUCAGUGGAAGAAGGUUCAGGUUCUUGCUGACAUCUUCUGGGCUCGCUGGCAGAAGGAGUACCUCAACCUGCUUCAGAGUCGUCAAAAGUGGCAAGUCAACAGGCCAAAUAUCAAAGAAGGAGACAUUGUUCUUUUAAGGGACAAACUACUGAAAAGGAAUGACUGGCCAAUGGGAGUCAUUGUGAAGGCUCUCCCGAGUAAGGAUGGACAGGUCAGAAAAGUGGAAGUCAAGAUCUUUCAUCACAAGACAACAAAAACUUUCUUCAGACCCAUCUCAGAGUGUAUUCUUCUCUUGUCUCCAACAGAUUAGUUUAUGUGACUGUUGUUGUGGCAUUAUUACUUAAUGCCAGGCGGGGAGUGUAUUGGAACGGUUGAUUUGUUUGCACGCGUUUGGGCCUCUAGGGGGCACAGUUCUUUUUGCAUGGCCCUUUCCAUGCAGGUUUAGUACUGCAGCUUCAGCCUAUAGUAAAUAAAAGGAAGUGAUGCACCAGGAACUUCCUGUUUCUAUGGGUAAUGAGAAUAGUGGUGUGCUUGCCAGGCUGAAGGCUCAUUCUUUAUCUCCGGCCAUCCGUUUGUUCCUAGCCCUUUGAGUGGCAAUAUAAUUUCACACUUCCGUGUAGUAAAUCUUGUCCAACUACAACACCUGUCUGUUCCUUGGAGGAUGCAUUACAUGGGAGAGUUUAGCUGGCUGUCAAUCUCAGUAUAGGACAAGAGUCACACUGGGUG